AUGGCAAAUAAUAAUAUUAUGGGUAUUGACUUUGGUACACAUUUCGCAUGUGUUGGUAUUUUCAAGAAUGAAAGAAUUGAAAUCUGUCCAAAUCAACAAGGUAACAGAACUACUCCAUCAGUUGUUUCAUUCGUUGGUGACGAUAAAUUAGUUGGUGAUGAAGCUAAAGCACAAAUGGAUAGAAAUCCAUUAAAUACAAUUUAUGAUGUUAAAAGAUUAUUAGGUAGAAAAACUACUGACGAAUUAUUUGAUCAUGAAGUUAAAAAAUUAUCAUUUAAAGUUACAACAUAUGAAGAUAAUAAUGAAAAGAUUGAAUUUCAAGUUAACUAUAAAUCAAAUGUUGUUACAUUAACACCAAUUGAAAUUGCAACCAGUAUUUUAGAACAAAUUAAACAUACUGCAGAGACAUUUAUUGGUGGUGAAUCAAUUAAGAAGGCCGUUAUAUCAGUACCAACAGAUUUCACAGAGAAACAAAGAAACGAUUUGAAAGAGGCAGCCACAGCAGCAGGUAUUACAGUUGUUAGAAUGAUUCAUGAACAUUCAGCAGUUGCAUUAGCAUAUGGUUAUGAUCAAGUUAAGGAAUGUUCAGAGACAACUAAUGAAUCAAAGGAGAGCAAUGUUAUGGUAUUCGAUUUGGGUGGUAGUGGUGUAUCAGCAUCAAUGAUUAGAGUUAGAUCUAAAUUAUUCGAAAUGAUUGGUAAUGUCUCUGAUCACACUGUAAGUGGUGAGCAUUUCGACCAUGUUUUAGUACAACAUUUCACCCAAGAAUUCAACAGAAAAUAUAGAUGUGACUUGACAGACAAUGCACGUUCAAAGGCCAAAUUAAAGAGUGCCUGUGAAAAAGCCAAGAGAAACCUUUCAAAUAUGACCCAAGCCGCUUUGGAAAUCGAUUCACUCUAUGAUGGUCGUGAUUUCUUUACAAACAUCACCAGAGCUCGUUUCGAAGAUAUGGCAAGUGGUUUAAUUAAAGGUUCAAUCAAUGCCGUCUCUCAACUCUUAGAGAAAUGUAAUAUGACUAAAGAACAAGUUGAUAAGGUUUUAUUGGUUGGUGGUGCUUCUCGUAUUCCUUCCGUUCAAAAUCAAUUACUCAACUUCUUUGAUAAUAGACAAGACAUCUUGGAGAGAUCAAUGAAUCAAGAGGAGGUCGUCGCCCAUGGUACCACCAUUCAAGCAACUAUCCUUGCCGCCGAUAAAUCUAAUCAAUCUUUGACCUGUAAUUCUUCAAAUAUCUCUAUGGGUGCUCCAUUCAGUGCUAAAUUCACCCCUGUCACUAUCGGUAUCCAAGAUUCAAAUGGUAAUUUAAUCCCAAUCAUUCCUUCAUCUUCCCUCAUUCCAUGCAAACGUACUUUCACUUUAAAUACUUCCUCUGAAAAUCAAGAUAAUCUUAAUAUGGCAGUCUAUCAAGGUAGUGCACCACUCGCCAAAGAUAAUCAAUUGGUUUCACGUUUCAUCUUUAAAUCUUCUCCAAAUCCAAUCGAUGUCACUUUUGAAAUUGAUAAUAACAAUACUUUAUUAAUUAAAUCCGAACAAGCAAAUUAUUCAAUUAAAUUUUAA